UUUUAUUUAAACGUAAAAAAAAAACUACAUUAAAAAUAACGACAAAAAGACCAAACAGGAGUUCGAGUUCUCCACCGCCUGAAUCCUUUUUUGUAUCUUUUGCCCUUUCUUCACUGGUCUAAUUAAUCCGAACGCUCCGACGCAAGGGAAGAAAAUGGCGGGCCAAGUUGGGUUUGGAUCCGGGUCGGGUCAGAGAACCUACGUCGUUGACCGGAGGACAGAAAUCGUGAGCGGCAAAGGAUACGGAAGUAAUCAGAUCUAUGGGAGUCAAGAUUUUCCUCCGUCUUUGCAGACUCCGCCGGGAGAAGUGGCGGCGCGUAGGAGCAAUGCAUCGAGGCCGUCUUGGGGUGUAAACGAUGCGGAGAUGAAGAGGAAGAAGAGAAUCGCGAGGUAUAAGGCUUAUACGGUGGAAGGAAAAGUUAAAUCGACUUUCAAGAAUGGAUUCCGUUGGAUUAAGAAUAAAUGUUCUCAGAUUGUUAAUGGUUUUUAGACUUUGCCUUUGUAUUCAUUUAUUUCUCUACGAGUUUUGUUUGAAGGCUGUCUCCUCCGUGCAUGCGGUGGUUGCCGGCUUUUUCAGAAUAUGAAUAGUUUUACUCGGUGUUUUGCGUGUUCUAAUAUGGGACUUGUAAUUUGAUUUCAAGGGGUCCAUAUGUUGUCACAUGCAUUAAGCAUUUGGAGUACUAUUUACUCUUUCAUUAAGCUUCUGGAAAUCAUUUUCACAAACUCACAAACUGAACUGUA